AUGAAGAAUACUGGAAGGCUGACCAGGUGGACACAUGGCCUGGGACGACCUGAGCGUAGACCUUGUAAACCACCAGGAACUUGUGACUUCGAGUCCGGACUGUGCGGAUGGGUGGAUGUCCCAGACUCCCAGGGGAACAGCUGGGAGUGGCUGAAGGCAGAAGAAGCCAGCGACGGUGUUUUGGUUGACCACACAACUAACAGCGGAGAAGGCCACUACAUAUCCUUUGACUUAACGCAAUGUGCUUUUGGCUCCACCUGUUCUGCUGAACUUAAAAGCAAUGACAUUACCCCGGCCUAUGACACCUACUGCUUGUCUCUCUUCAUGAACAGUCUCCAGAGUAAUAGUGACACAAAUGUUGUUAGCAUUGAGAUCGUCAAUGUGGAAAGAAACACAUCCCGAGUAGCAAUGACGCUAUAUAAUCCAUUUAACUACAUCUGGAAUAACUUUAGAGUCACACUGAACAGCAUCGACUAUUUGUUCCACUUAAGCGUGAAAGUUAAGAUGCUUCCGGAUUUCCUUAAUGGCCAAGCAUACAACGCCCUGGACGACCUGCUCUUAGAAACGGGCAACUGCCAAUGGAUGGGCAGCACUACACCUGCGCCUGUCACUACACCUGCACCAGAAACAAAGCUCACCUGUGACUUCGAGAAUUCCAACCCAUGUGACUGGACACAGGACUUGACUGAUGGAGGCGACUGGGUUCUCACCUCAGGGGCGCUUCUCAGUUCCGAUCAGGGGCCUCUUGUCGACCAUACGACGCAUCUGUCGGAAGGCCACUUUAUGUACACCAAGUCCAGUGGAGGGAAGCGUACCAUCCGGCUGAUGUCGGAGACGUUUUCAAACGAAGAAGGAGGAAGUUGUUUCUCAUUUUAUUAUUACAUGCAUGGCAACAAACCACCUUUCCUUAAGUUCUAUAUUAUGAUAGAUGGGGACAAACCCAGCGGCUUGGCAGACUGGGAACACCGUUCGGAGGUUGGAGAAACCUGGCAGAGAGUUGAAAUCCACAUUCAACACCACAAACACCUGCAUUACUUGGUGUUGCAGGCCGACACGCAGGAGACCGAGGAGGAUGAGGGACACACAGCUAUCGAUGACCUGUUACUGACCGCUGGGUCGUGUCAAGGAUUGGGAG